CUACAGACACAGACCAGCUAAAUAAUAAUAAUAAUAUAUUGUAUGCAACAUUACAAAAUUAUAAUAUUCUUAUAAUAAGAUAAUCAUAUCUAAGCGUCCAAUUCAGACCACCGUCAUUGUUGCACAACAUUACUAUAUUAUAUUAGUGUAACAGCGGCCUACAGGCUACAACCACUUAAAGAUUUAUUUUGUGCUUCACUUACUAGGAGGAUUUUGUUGUCGAUUCACUUGAAAAUUUUACACAAAACUAGAAGUAUAUAAAUCUCAAACACGAUGGCAUCAAAAAAUCAAUUCAUCACAUUUAAUAACGGUCAGAAGUAUCCGAUUGUAGGAUUUGGAACAUGGAAGUCAAAGCCUGGUGAAGUUGAAGAAGCAGUCAAAGCUGCUAUAGAUACAGGAUAUAGACAUAUUGAUUGUGCUCUGGUUUAUGAUAAUGAAAAAGAAAUAGGAAAAGCUAUUAAGCAAAAAAUUGAUGAAGGUGUUGUUAAACGUGAAGAUUUAUUCAUUACUAGUAAACUGUGGAACACUUUUCAUCAACCUGAUUAUGUUGAAACAGUAUUGAAAAAAACUUUAUCUGAUUUGCAAAUUGAAUAUUUGGAUCUAUAUUUAAUUCACUGGCCUAUGGCUUUUAAGGAAGGCAAGUUAGAAGAUGAAUGGUUCCCAAAGGAUGCUAAUGGAGUGACACUUGAAGGAACUGGUUCUUAUAUAGAAACAUGGACAGCAAUGGAAAACUUGGUUAAAAAAGGUCUUGUCAAGUCAAUUGGUGUAUCAAACUUUAAUAAGAAACAAAUUGAAAACAUACUAAAUAUAGCUACCAUAAAGCCAGUUGUUAAUCAAAUUGAAUGCCAUCCAUACUUGAAUCAAAAAAAAUUAAAAGAA